AUGAACGGCACCGUUUCGGCCCUCACUUCUCGCCGCCACAAACGACCAUCCCCUACCCCAACUCCCGCCAACGCCGCCAUGUCCAAGAAUCCCGCCCCCGUCCACAAGGCCUCCUUCAUGACGUGGACGCUGCAUGACGCCGUCCACGUCGCCAGGCACCACUGGAUCCCUUGCUUCUUCGCAAUGGGGCUCCUCUUCUUCAUGGGCGUGGAAUACACGCUCCGCAUGGUGCCCUCCUCGGCUCCGCCGUUUGAUGUCGGCUUCGUCACCACGCGCUGGCUACACCUGCUGCUGGCGUCCAGCCCCAACCUUAAUACAUUGCUCGCCGGGCUCAACACGGUGUUUGUGGGGAUGCAGACGACGUACAUAUUGUGGACGUGGCUAAUCGAGGGCCGUCCGAGAGCCACCAUUGCCGCCCUGUUUAUGUUCACUUGCCGGGGAAUCCUUGGCUACUCUACCCAACUUCCAUUGCCUCAGGGAUUUUUGGGGUCGGGAGCGGACUUCCCGGUUGGGAAUGUAUCGUUUUUCUUGUUCUACUCCGGGCAUGUAGCAGGGUCGGUGAUUGCAUCCCUUGACAUGAGAAGAAUGCAGAGGUGGGAAUUAGCAUGGACAUUUGAUGCACUCAAUCUGUUACAAGCUGUGAGAUUGUUAGGGACAAGAGGACACUACACAAUAGACUUGGCGGUUGGGGUUGGGGCCGGUAUUCUCUUUGAUUCUCUGGCAGGGAAGUAUGAAGAAAGCAAGCGAUUAAUUUCUAAAGUAGUUUCAACCACUAGCAAUGGUGCCAAGGAGGCUUUGUUUCCAUAAGAAGAUUAGUUUUGGUAGGAAUGUGGGUAUGUUUUUAAUGUAGUGAAGUCUCAAUCCCAUGAAGCAGAUCGAGUAGUUGGGUGUUUAAAACUGUACAGAGUUGGAGAUCACUUAAUGUA